AUGGCAACUCCUUGGGAGACAGCUAGAUUAGAAGACGUGCCGUGGUGUACUGCACUUAUUGGCGCCCCCAACACAGUCACCUUUGUGCCACCAAGUUAUGCAACCAAAGAUGACGUGGAGCCACCGCUGCUGGAUCAAUUGUUCAGGCGAGUUCUACGGAACAAUGAAGCGAUCCCGCGUUGCUUAGGAUUCUACCAAGACCCGAUCGAUUUAUCAGACGGAGCUGUGUCUGGCCUACCGUUCCUUUUGACCUCGAGCUCUCUCAUAUUCGACUUGAGGCCUGGAGUAAAUGGGUUUAACGGAACCGCGCACGGCGGCCUGAUCGUUGCCUUGAUGGAUGAGUCCAUGGGUGCAUACUUGAUCAUGAACGACAAGGUCCACAAGCAAAAGAAAGCCGAGGGCCUUUUGCCGCCAAGUUCGAAGGGUUUUGAGAGUAUGGGCUUUGUUACCGGUCGGAUGGAUACAAGACUACUGAAACCCAUACAUACGCCGCAGAUCGUGGUCGUCACGUCACACCUGGCUGAAGUGGACGGUCGAAAGGUGCACUUCCGAGUUGCGGUCACAGGUGAACAAGGCGAGGUCUACGCCACAUGCGACGGAACUUGGGUAUCUUUUCUUCGUGGCAAGUUGUAG